UCCGCGCGGCGCGCGCCUCGGAAUCGCCGCCGCUGUCCCCAGCCUUCGGCGGCUGCUCCAGCUAAACCUUUGUGGCUGGGUGCGGGAGCGCUUUGGCGAUAAAAGUCUUCCGUCUUCUGUGGGCUCUGCUCUGCACUCCCAACCUCCCGUGGGCACAUCUGGGGCGACGAGUAUUAGCGUCUCCAUAGCGCUCCACCCGGGAGGUAGGACGAGGCCGAGCCCGCGUUGGAGUUCGGGCUGACUGGGGCCUGGACCCGGCGAGACGCCGCCGCCGCCCGGAUGUUGCGAUGGCUGAUCGGGGGAGGCCGAGAACCUCAAGGAUUGGCCGAGAAAUCUCCUUUACAGACAAUAGGUGAAGAGCAAACCCAGAACCCCUACACUGAACUGCUUGUGCUGAAAGCUCAUCAUGAUAUUGUACGAUUUCUGGUACAGUUGGAUGACUACAGAUUUGCAUCUGCUGGUGAUGAUGGAAUUGUAGUUGUGUGGAAUGCCCAGACAGGAGAAAAGUUUUUGGAACUCAAUGGACAUACUCAAAAGAUAACAGCUAUUAUUACAUUUACUUCUUUGGAAUCUUGUGAAGAAAAAAAUCAACUCAUCUUGACAGCCUCUGCAGAUAAAACAGUUGUUGUAUGGGAUAGUAACACUGGCAGACAAGUUCGGAGAAUAUCAAGCUUCCACUCUACUGUAAAGUGUUUAACUGUUCUUCAGAGACUAGAUGUUUGGCUCUCCGGUGGGAAUGACCUGUGUGUGUGGAACCGAAAAUUAGAUCUCCUGUGUAAGAGCAAUCACCUUUCUGACACAGGGAUCACGGCUUUGGUUGAAAUACCCAAGAACUGUGUUGUAGCAGCAGUUGGUAAAGAACUGAUAAUUUUCAGGUUGGUAGAACCCAUAGAAGGAUCACUAGAAUGGGAUAUUCUUGAAGUUAAGCGCCUCCUUGAUCACCAGGAUAAUAUUCUCUCAUUGGUUAACGUCAAUGAUGUGAGUUUUGUCACUGGCUCCCAUGUUGGAGAGCUGAUCAUCUGGGAUGCCCUAGACUGGAGCGUGCAGGCUUAUGAACGAAACUUCUGGGACCUGUCUUCACAGCUGGAUGCCCAGCAAGAAAUAAAACUCUGUCAGAAAUCAAAUGACAUUUCUAUUCAUCAUUUCACAUGUGAUGAAGAGAAUGUAUUUGCUGCAGUUGGAAGGGGGUUAUAUGUGUAUAACCUUCAAAUGAAACGUGUGAUUGCCUGCCAGAAAACCGCCCAUGACUCCAAUGUCCUGCACAUCGCCAAACUUCCGAACAGGCAGUUAAUCUCAUGCUCAGAAGAUGGCAGUGUACGCAUUUGGGAGUUACGAGAAAAACAGCAGCUUGCAGCUGAACCAGUACCAACAGGUUUUUUUAACAUGUGGGGAUUUGGAAGAGUGAACAAACAAGCCAGCCAACCUGUUAAAAAACAACAAGAAAAUGCCACUUCGUGUUCACUUGAGUUUAUUGGAGAUUUGAUUGGACACUCAUCAUCUGUGGAGAUGUUUCUGUACUUUGAAGAUCAUGGACUAGUGACAUGCUCUGCUGAUCAUCUCAUUAUUUUGUGGAAGAAUGGAGAGCGAGAAUCUGGAUUGCGCAGUUUGAAAUUAUUUCAAAAAUUAGAGGAGAAUGGUGACCUGUACCUUGCUGUCUAGUUUAAGGAAUUAGGAGUACAUGUGCAUGAACCUUGACAUCAAAAAUAGGGUAAUACUCUGGAAACCAUAAAUAUAUCGAUCACUGAAAUUUGUAA